ACGCACCGGUCCGAGUCCGAGAUAGGAUUGAUCUUUGUGCAUGUUCCGUUAUACACGUGGCUGUGGCAGGGAUACAUUAAUAUGGGGGGAGAUUAUAUAAUUCUGCUUCGGAAAUAGAUGUUUGAGAUUGUGGCUAUCACUCAAGGGGUUUGCACUCCAUAUACAAAGUUCUAUUCACACGUAAGCUACCAUAACACAAGAAACGGGGAAAGCAUAUGUUUAUAGAGGUAGGCUAUCGGAAAAUACGCGAGGGACGGGGCCAUAAUCCGCGAGGCGCGCGCCUACCUACGGCCAACCCGUGCUCUGGCUAAAGAGAUAUGACGUGAAGUGAGAUGAAGCAAGGCAAAUCCCCCUUGAAGCAGAACAUAGCUAACAACCGGGCGACGGCUUGUACAGGCGCAAAUGUUUAGAGAAGGCUACCUUGGUGUAUUGUGUAAAGAAAAACUGUUGAUAUGUUACGGUGACUUGUUGUUUGAGUAUAUUCCAUUGCAUCAGAUAGAGAAGCGGUUGCCUGAAAAUGUUCAAUCUAGGCAAAGAUUUCCUCGACCGUCUCUUAGAUAAUUCUAUGGGGCAACACUGAGAAAAUCCGCGCAAGAAGCAAGACAAUUGUUCAGAGCUUGCGACGGAGAAACGAAGGAGGUUUCUAGGGAAACAUUCAAGUGGAACAUUCAAGUUAUUUCCAAGUUUGCUGGGGAACAGCGCUGUGAUGCUGUGGCUACUAGUUCUUCUCCUUCCCCAGAUGGGAUGCGUUGGCUCAACCCAGAACUUUCUUCACCCAGACAAUGACCACAUAGAUGGUGUUGCCGUCAUGAAGAAACGGCCUCAGAUCUACUACUGCCGCUCGCCCAAUAUGGAGGUGUUUACCUGCUGGUGGCAUCCCCUUGACAACAGCUCAGAGAGUGACGGUAACGUCACGUACAGCCUCACCUACACUGUAGAGAAGGGGCCAAAGCGUGACUGUCCGGACUAUGUGACGGGCGGGCCCAACAGCUGUCACUUUGACAGCAGCCACACGUCCAUCUGGACCAUGUACUGCAUGACUGUAGACGCCAGGACAUCCCACGGAGUCUUCAGCUCACAGGAGCACUGUCUGGAUGUGGCCGAUAUAGUGGAAACCGAGGCUCCGGUUGACCUGACAUACACCCUGAUGAACAGCUCUGAGGAGGAAGCGGGCCGCACUGCCCUGGUGACCUGGGCUUACCCCAACCCCACCCACAUCCAGUACGGUUGGAUCACCCUGGUCUUUGAGCUUCAGUUCCGACGUGUCGCUGAGCCCAACAACUGGAAGGUGAAGCGUCUACUGAGAGAGACUCAGCUGGAGUUGCUGGACAUGCCGGUCGGGGAGUACGUCGUCAGGGUUCGCUGUCGCUCGCGUAACCAAGGUAUCUGGAGCAAGUGGAGCGCCUCUCUCCUGCUCACCAUCCCCGCCAAAUCGACCCCAGGUAAGCCACUGACUCGUCUCCCGGUCACGAUUUCGGUGACCGGUGUUGGGGUUGUGGUGCUUCUCCUCAUCAUCUUUGGAAUUAUCCCACAGGGCAAGAGGAUAAAAGCAUUCCUUCUGCCUCCUAUUCCCAAACCACACAUCAGAGGCAUCGAUCCCCUGCUUCUGAAGAAGGGCAGUUUAGAUGAGAUCAAUCGUCAUUUCAUCUCCUUCCAUGGCUACCAGCCGCCUAGUUACAGCGAGGAGGUCUGGGACUCUGUCAGCACGGAUGGCAACCAGCCUCUCCAGGGGCUCCCGGGGGUCCUUGCAGCCCGGACGGAGGAGUACAGCCUGGCCCUGCCCCCUUCCGCUAUCCACGGCCAUCCACUGGUCCAGACAGGGCCCAGCCUUGCCUCUUUCACUCCAGUCCCAGCCUUUUACUGCCAGGCUCCAGUGGAAGACUUCUCGACUGCAUGGGCGUGGCCAACGACAAACCUAGUGCAGCCGGAGCUUCUGGCCUUCCCGGGCACAGACUACAGCAUGAUGGUGGAACCGAACCAGCAAGCGACGCCCCUGUCCUCCAACCAGGACUUCUACACAUGCGUUAACGUGAUGGGCGAGGGUGGGGAGGUACACCUGGUGCCCUGCCUGUCCAGCCACCGAAAAUCCAGCCUCCAAGUCCAGCCGGACGAGGAGCUCACCGACGGAGGGCUGGAGAAGAGUCGUCAGUUAUUUGACUACAUAGCGAACCUAACUGCGGCCAAUGGGAGAACACCAGAGGAAACAGAGGUAGAGAAAGAGGGCUCGGAGCAGUGCGAAGUGGCCGUGCCAUUACUGCCUGAAAUCACUAGUACACCAGGCAACAGGGUGUGACCGGUAAAACACACACUGCUGAAUUACUUAGGGAUCACACAAGGAUGUCAACUGAUGGAUGGACCUCUAAAUGGACCUAAUAAACAUAGGAGCAUAUUUACUAGGGCCAUUUACAGCAUAUUGCUAUAUUCCAGCGCUAGGACAUGAAGUGCAUACUAGUUCCUCCCCUUUCUUGUCUGCCAUAUGACAGUGGCACUCUUCAAUUGGCAGGGAUGUUCUGACAGCUUUAUGACAAUCUUCUCUCAGCGGGGAAUCGGAGAGGCAGCAUUAAACUUCUGCAUUUGUUUCAGAGCAGAGCUGAGCUUGAGACGGAAGAUGGAUUCCUUCGUAGCGCUGGAAGUCCAAAGACAACAGUGUCAACUUGCAAAGUGUCUUGAACAAUUGAUUCGCUGCGGAACGAUAGCUCAAGACAUUGUGCAGACUUUCAGUCCAAGUCACCUGUUCCUCAGCCUAAACUCUCUGUAAAAUACUUUUUGAGGAUAGAUUUUUGAUGUUUUAGGUCCAAACUCAAAUGAGUAUGUAUAGGUAAAAAGUUACAUGAAUGCAAGAAUAACAGUUGUACCUCAUAAAGACCAAUCAUAGCCAUUAUAAUGCCCUAGUUGUAGUUUGUAUGAAUUUACAGAACAGUUGAGCACACCAAAGAUUUGAACGCCCAGACCGAGAGAGCACAAAACCAAGUGCCCUUCUUCAAAUGUAAAUUCUAUUUUAAAGAGAUAUGGUCAUGAAUUACAGAGAAAAUAAUAUAUCACAAACUGUUGACGCUAAAUAUAAUGAGGCAGAGAAGAUCAUUAAGAUAACAGUAAUCUUAUAAAGCGAACUGUCAGGGUAAAAUUUAAAUGAACUACAGUAAAUCACAGAUUUAACUGCAUGCUUUAUACUCAGGAACUCAACCAAGCAUAAUAAUUCCCAGCAACAGUGCAAUAUUCUUCUAGUCCCAAAUGAUGGGAUGAAAAUGCACAAGUACACAAAUACACUCUGAACCGUUUAAUUAUUUUUAACCAGAAAUUAAACUAGCGCUCACGCUGUAUUCAAAAGAGAACAAAAAUUGUGAUUGUAUGUUAUGGUAUCAUCUGUCAUUUUCAGUCAGUAAAACAGCUUUCUGGAGGCACUCUGCUUUGAAUAUUGACUAUGACUGGAUUUUCUUUGAAGCACUUAUUUACCAUAACGUAACACCUGCACCCUUUUCAGGGGAGACAAGGGGGUGGCAAAAGAAAAGAGCACUGUGAUCAUUUCUAUUGGUUUUUACAUUAAAAAUGAGGCAACCAGACAGGUGAGGGGAGAGAAUGCAUUCUCUGAAGUUGACAGAUAUUACAACGGGGACAAUCGAUGGUUAAAACGUUGUUUAUUGUUACAGAUGUUUUUGCCACUCUCCUGAGUAGAUAUGUUCACAAAAGUGAUUUCUUAUUCCUCAACAAACUUCCUGGUGAAAAGGUGGAGAUGUACCUAGGUUAUUUAGAAAAUGACAAAGAGACUUUUAGUUUCUCGGGAAGAUUACCAGAAAGGUGUGGAGGUGGCAGUCUAGCAUCCAUGAAGGCUAUUUAGGAUAUUUCACAUCCAUGAAAAUCUCUUGUUUUGUUGAGGUAGAGUUAAAUAGUACCAGAGCUAGUUCAUUAGGAAUUCUAAGCUAGGACUUUUCUUGGUAAAGCCAUCACGCAGCAUAACAAUGUGAGAUGACACAUAGUACACAUUUAGAUAUAAAGCAACAGUUAGUUCCAAUCUUUUCUACUAAAACACUGUGCUCCUGCUACACUAACCCUAUGGACGAAUCUGAGUCUGUCUUUCUGUCUGUCCAUUUAUGUUUUGUGUUACACAAUGGUCAAUUUUAAGCUUUAAAUGGCUUGUUCUUUAAUGUUUGUCUGUCUAUAAAGUCAGGUGUAUUUCUCUACCAGCAGUCCCGUGCAGUGCUUUUGUCUAUUGUCCUGAUGUUCUUAUUUACUCUGCCGCUUCGAGUUUGUGCCUGUUUGUGCCUUGACGUGACUGUGUAGAAUUGUUCUGUCCUUACAAGUGCUCACAUACUGUAGUCACUUGUUUGAACACUAAAAUGAUUAUUUUUUCUAACCAGAAAUAUAGAAACACAAAUAACACACCCAGUAAAACAGACAGCAGCUCUAAAUGUACAGACAAGUUUGUAGGACAGGCAGUCAGGUCAAAUGUGUUUCUGUUCUUUAAGUUGCAUACUGUUGAGACGGGGGAGAUUCAUGCUGUUGGUUUUGGAAGCUUUGUUAUUUGCUGCAAGCACUUUCCCAUGUAGUGAAUAAAGCCAAUUGUUGAACCUCGA